AUGUCAGGAGGGGUCAUGUCCUCAGGUAUCGCCGCGUUGAUCCUCCCCGCCAACAUCAUCGAACCACCAAACAAUACCUCCUUAUACGAUAGCCUGCCAGAAAUGCCCGAUACUGAGGUCAAGGCCGGCAUCGCGCCGCAAGCGCUGCAGUCCGGGCUGUCUUUAAAAGACCGUCUUCCCCGGCUCGAACCUCGAAGGCGCCGUCCUGAUCCCUCCAACCCUACCCCACGUCCAGAGACGCCCGCGCUCCCGUCGCCUCCCAACGCAGAUUCGAUCGCCUUCCAGGUCCCCUCGAGACGCAUCUUAUCCAAGAAGGACCACGAGCUCUUUCUUUCGUCGCCUACAUACCAGCUCAUCCAAGCAUGGAUCUUCACCCUGUCCGAGGCUGUUACCGAUACCCCAUGCUCCGCAGUGAAGGAUGAUGCCGGGCUCAGCCAAUCCGUAAAGGCGAUCCUUGCUAUCCUAGACGAUGCCGCACGACUCGUAGAGUCAGCGCCACCGACCGACGAGGGAGGCUCUCGAUUCGGUAACAAGAUCUUCCGCACCUUUCUCGACCUAGCCAAGGCGAAGCUUCCUGAGUGGCACAAGAGUCUCGGCAUUGACUCCGAAGCCGCAAUUGCCGAAGUGUCGACCUAUCUACAACAUUCCUUUGGCAACUGGGCCCGCAUUGACUACGGCUCCGGACAUGAACUCAACUUUGCGAUUUGGCUCCUGUGCCUCUACCAGCUCCGAAUUGUCACCAAGGACGAUUUCAAGGCGCUUGUCCUGCGAGCGUUUUCCAAGUACCUCGACCUCAUGCGAACGAUCCAGUCGACCUAUUACCUCGAACCAGCCGGCUCACACGGUGUGUGGGGUCUCGACGACUACCAGUUCCUCCCUUUCCUCUUCGGCGCUGCGCAACUACUACAUCACCCCUAUGUAACACCCCGCGCCGUCCACCAAGAGUUAACAUUGGAAGAGUUUGGGCAUGAGUACCUCUAUCUCGGCCAAGUGUCGUUUGUGAAUAGCACAAAAACAGUCAAGGGUCUACGGUGGCAUAGUCCAAUGCUCGACGACAUCUCGGCAUCCAAGUCUUGGGUGAAGAUAGAGGGUGGCAUGAGGAGGAUGUUUGUUGCAGAGGUGCUCGGGAAGCUCCCCGUGAUGCAACACUUCCUCUUUGGAUCUUUAGUCCCUGCUGUAGAGGGUAUGAGCACGGAGGACGAAAUUGAAGCGAGCGAGGACGCGGAGAAGGAGCACUCACAUCCGCAUCACCACGACCAUAGCCACGAUGGAUGGAACGACCCGUGUGGCAUCAAGGUGCCUAGCGGGGUAGCGGCAGGUCAAGAGAUGAAAAAGAAGGGCACGCAGGCAUUACGCAGGAUACCAUUCGAUUGA